UUAUCCCGAAAAGAAAAUAUGUCAUUCACGCUCUCACAGAGAAUAUAAGACUUGUUAAGAUGUUUCACAGGGCAGGCGGCUGGCAUCUUUUAGGUAAUUUCUCUGCCAAAGUCUCUCUUUAGUGCUUAACGCGCAGCCUUUGAAACCACCUUCGAUUUCAGCUGUUGCAUCUCAGCCAGAGGUCUAAAAGUUAAAAAACAGAGCGUUUUGAUAGCUCAUAGCCUAUCUCAUUUCCCCCAAAGACCCGAUGACCGGAGCUUGUAUCAUUUAAUUAAUGCCUGGCAUAACGUGCUCAAAGGCAGGUAGAGAAAACAGGGAGUUGGCGAGGAAGGAGGAUCAUUACGCAGGUUGUCAUGACAUCACCACGGGCUGGCUAUAAAGCGCGCAGAGGAAUCCCUUAAGAAUACAAGACUUGUCAAAAUGAACUUGUCCUACUUGGUAGCGUGUGGACUUAUAGUCACCCUGCUUUCAGUGAGGAUGGGGGCAAAACCUUUAUCUCAAGCGCAGCAGAAGUCUCUUAGAAGUUUGCUGGGCGAGGAGCUGGCGGAGUUUCUGGAGUCGGAGGAGAGGGAGAGGAGGCUAGACGCUGUACGCUCUCGGAUACGGUUACUGCGAGAUUUACGCAUGGACACCCGGGCCAGAGGGAUGUGGGCUCGUCUCCUUAACGACCAACCCGCACCCAGGAGACACAAAUCCGGAAACAAGAAAGGGGGUUCCACGACGCGGAGUGGCUGCUUUGGACACAAGAUGGACAGGAUAGGAACCAUCAGCGGCAUGGGUUGCUAGGGCUGGAGCAGCGCUCUGAUGAUCUCUGAACGAAGGGUUUGGAUAACAAAGGUUCUGUUUGUUCUCACCUGAGAGGGAAAAAAGAAAAACUCACCAAGUGACAUUUUCGGUACGAAAGUCAUCACGACCAGCAUAAACAAAGACAGAGAUGACAAUGCUACAAAAAUUUCAUAUACAUAUAUAUAACAAAUAUGCAGGCAUAUAUACAUAUAUAAAUAUGUGUAUAUUAUCCAAAUGGUCAACAGACACAAACACAGAUGCAUACUACAAGAUGGCGGACAAUGGUGUAAAAACUACAAACCGCAAAGCUGUAUAUUGUUGCUGCUGCUGCUGCUGUACA